AAUACUGAGGCAGAAAAGCACUUGGAACCAUGCCCAGUUGUAAGCGCACCGAGGUCCGACGCGUCUGCCGUCCGAUGCCCUCGCUCCUGGCCCGGCUCAACUGCACCCCGUGCAACCGGGUUGUCUUUUUUGUCAUUGGAGUGGGACUCGGCAUCUACUUUGUCCGAAGCAAGGACGGCAAGGACAGCAAGGACAAGCCAGCCGACAAGAAGAAGAAGGAUGACAAGAAGAAGUAAGAACCGAGUCGGAACUACAACGAAGCGUUGCCGAUAACGAACCCGAUACUGAUACUGAUACUGAUACCGAUAACGAUCCGGAUGCCGUUGCCAAACCGUUUCCAAACCAACUGAAUCUUCAGAUGGGAUGGGCCCUCAUUUCAAGCAUUCGUGUUGCGGGGCUGUAGCGAAAUAUAAAAUGCCCAUCGAUAAGUUUGUCCACCGAAGAAUCAACACAUAGGAAGCCUACCUUCGAUAAAUUUAUCAAUAGAGCAUUUUUUUUUUACCUGCACCAUUCAAUUCAAGUUUCUUCGAUUAGUCUGUUCUCAAUUCUACUGGAUGCUUUUGAUUAAAUUACAACUGGA